AGACACACACACACUUGAGUCCAAAAGAACAAGAGAAUUUUUAGAGUGAGUGUUUUUUUAUCCAAGUAAUAAGAAUGGAAGCUGUGGCACAGAAACUGGAGCAGCCUUUAAUGGUGAAUGAUUAUCAUCGAAAGGAAGUGGUGUUUGGAGAUGAGAAGGCUCAAUCGCAGUUUACUAUUAACACUAAUCUUAUUACUACUGCUGCUGAUCAUGAUGAAGUUCAUGCCGCUUCUGCGACUCAUUACAACACAAACGACUUUGGGCCAAUAUUAAUACAAGAGGUUCUCAAAGGAACAUACCACCACCACCAAGAUGAGAAGGGUAUUUCUGGAACAAAGGAAAAAAAUUGGUUACCCAUUUCUGAUUCUUCAUCUUCUUCUCAUGAAGUGAAUCCCCAGAAAGCAUUGGAAGAAGAAGAACCAAUAGGGGUAGUAAUUUCAACGACGGAGAAAAUAAGAGAAAUAUAUCUGAAGAAGAUAUAUAUUAUGCCACCAAACCAUGAAUUCUAUUGCCCUAAUUGUAACGUUUGCAUAGAAAAAGUGGUUUUAUGCAAAACUGGAAAACAAACAGAUUCUCCACAAUUUACUGAUGAACAACAAGAACCUCCAGUCAGAUGCUCUGCAUGCUUCGGUUUCCUCAUUCAAAAGGGUAGAGAGUGGUUUUCUGGGUUCUUACCAAUUAGUGCUCCAGCCCCAGGGCCAACUCCAACUCCAACUCCAAAGCCAAAUGUAGCAAGAGGAGGAAUAGAGGAGGGUGAGAUUAUAGCAAGUAGAAGAAGCAAUAAAGGAUGGGAAGUUCUUAAGAGCUUUGUAUAUGGUGGUUUGGCUGAAUUAUUAGCAAGUCUCAGUCUUGUCACUUCUUCAGCUAGUGCUGAUGCUAACACAUUGAACAUUGUUGCUCUGGCUAUUGCAAACCUCAUUGGUGGCCUCGUUCUCCUCAUCCAUAAUCUUAGAGACCUAAAAAACACAGAAGCAAGAGAAGAGGAAACAGAAAAUGAAGCAGCGGUUGAUAAAUACUAUGAGUUACUUGGAACAAGAGAUCAUUUCUAUCUUCACACAUUUGUUGCUGUUCUAUCAUUCCUAAUAUUCGGACUAUUGCCGCCGGUUGUGUACGGAUUUUCGUUCCGGGAGAGCGACGACAAGGAGCUGAAGCUGGCGGCGGUUGCGGUGGCUUCUCUAAUUGGCAUCACAUUGCUUGCAUUAGGCAAAGCACAUACUCAGAGGAGACCAAACAGUAACAGCUAUGUUAUAUACUUCACCACAGUGUUGUAUUAUGUUACCUCUGGAGUGUUGGCAUCUUUGCUUACUUAUGUUGCUGGUGCACUUGUUAAGAGGCUUGUGGAACAACUUGGCUGGUUUGACACUCACCCUACUAUAAAUGCUGGCUUUGCCAAUGCCAUGUCCUUUCCUAUAGGCAAGAAUCAAGGAAUGAGUUACUACUAGUUUGUUUUUUUUUUUUUUUGUUGGAUUGUGUUUGGACUAUAUUUUCGAGGGGUGAAAGAUCUAUUAAGGUGAAGAAGUUGAUAAAGUUGUAAAGUAAAGAGUUAAUCAUUUUUAAAUUAAGAUAAUGGAAUACACAUUUUAUAAAAGUUACAAAAUUAACGGUGAUUAAUCUUUUAU